AAGAACUCGACGGAUUGUAAAUCUUGCAUUUUUAUGAUAGCGCGACCUCGUGAUCUUAGCAUUAAAGAUCAGUACAACAUCUGAGGCUUAUCUGCGUGGACUUGUUAUAGUAUGUAAAUAAUAAUAACCAAUAAUAAUUAGUUUUAGUAGGUAAUAGAACAAAAUGGUGGUCAAUAAGAGUUAUAGUAGUGAUAGUGAUGGUGAUUUAGAAAUGUGUGCAAAUCAUAGUAAAGUGGAUAAAGGGUCUUAUGGAUAUGAAGAAGCUUUGGAUUUAGCAGGUAACGGCAAGUACAACAUCCUGCUGCUGCUGGCGUGCUUCCUGGUGAUCACGGCCAUGGGCAUCGACAUCUUCGGGCUGGGGAUCAUAGUCGCAGCCGCCACCUGCGACCUGGGGCUGACGCUGCAGCAGAUCGGCAUCCUGUCUUCAAUGUCUUUUGCUGGCAUCAUCGUAAUGUCGUACCCCUGGGGCUACCUGUCAGACACGCGAGGCCGCAAGCUGGUGUUGCUGGUGGCCAUGGUGGGCAGCUUCGUCAGCGCGGCGCUGAGCAGCCUGGCGCCCAGCUGGCAGCUGCUGGCCGCGCUGAGGUUCAUUAGCUCGGCCCUGUCGAGCGCAGCUGAGUCGGCGACAUACGCUCUCCUCGGCGAGUGUUGCGGCGCGCGGGUGCGGGCGCGGUACAUGCUGCUCGUGACCAGCGCGCUCAUGCUCACGCCCACGCUCUACUACAUAUGGGCAUACCUGAUAAUGAAGCUGGACUUUUCGUACCCAUUCCUCUGGCUGGAGUUCCGGCCCUGGCGGUUGCUGACGCUGGUGAUGGCGUUGCCGCUGGGGCUGGGCGCCGUGGCGCUGUGGAGGUUCUGCGAGAGCCCCAAGUUCCUGAUCAAUGUAGGGAGGAGUAGCGAAGCGGUGGACGCGCUCGCCAGGAUAUAUAGAGUCAACGGGGGGAAGGGGGAAUUCCCGGUAAAAGAGGUGUACCUAGAGGAAGGGAAUAAGGAAGAAGUGGGGGUGUUCUCCCUCCGCUCACUGUGGACGCAGAUUGCGCCCCUUUUCCAGCCCCCACUACUGGGCAGGACUCUGCUGUUGUUCUACCUGACUUUCGUCGUCUAUAUCGCGAACAACAGUUUUGCGAUCAUCCUGCCGACGAUCUUCAAUGUGUUUUUCACGUCGUAUGCGAGCAGUGGCGCCGGAGUUGGCUUCUGCGAUCUUUUCGCCAUGGCUAAACAGGAGAAUUCUACUAUCGUCCAAGAUGCCGACACAGUGUGCGCGAACUCGAUAAAUGACAACACGAUCUGGGCAGGCUGCGCUCACGGCCUCUCGUUCUUCGUGCUCAACGCGCUCAUCUCACAAUGUGCUGGGAAACGAAAGUUGUUGACUAUCGUGAUCCUAGUGAUCGCUGCAGCAGCAGCUGUCGGGAUCGAUCUGACGGGUGAGCCACUCUCUGGCUUAGUGCUGUUCUACGUAUUCCUCACCACUGCCAUGGUCUUUGGCGUCAUCUCCUCGUACUUCGUGACGCUCUACCCAACAUCCUACAGGGGUAUGGUGGCUUGCCUGGGCAUGAUGGUGGCACGGCUGAGCGCCUUCAGCGGCACCAACAUCAUCAGCGGCGCCAUGACUCAGCACUGCUCCACCGCGUUAUACGGCGCUUCUGGACUUGUUAUUACUGGAGCUAUAGCCGCAGCGCUGCUGCCGGGCGACAGUCUGCAGGCGGGGUGAAGUUAUUCUGAUCUUCGAAGUCUUCGAACCUACCAUCUACCAACAAUUUAAAGCUAGGGACUCUUCAACCUUCAAAUUUAAUGAUGCCUGUACACCGAGUCUCGGCCAAAAUCCGACCUGAUCCGAAAAGGCCGGGACGAGAAGGGAAGAGAGCAGUAUGUAUAUACUCGUUCUCGGCCUGUCUUGGGGUCUCUCUGCGAGUGUGUACACUUGUACAGCCGGGCCGGCACAUUCAGUAUUAAGGUCCAACUCCACUAAAGAAAUACAC